UAACAGACAGCUUAAGACCCCGGCCGUCUGACCGACCGACCCAGAAAACGGCAAAGAUAGACGGUCACUAAUAAGGAGGAAGUUAAAAUGGGAGCACUCCUCAGCGUUUCGCCACUCUAUCUAUCUCUCUGUCGGUACGCGUUCACGAGCGUUUAAUUCGCCAGAUCGAGCGCCGUACGAAACAACGGGAGAGCAGCGCGAGCGCUGGUGCUGAAGUGUGUCCCAGGUGCGCGCGGAGCAGGACGGAUGCCAGCUGUGCGAAUGGGCUCCACGGAACAACGGCACAGUCGUGUAGACAUUUUCCACCAGGGCUAUGCAGGGCCACUGGAGGGCCCUUCCCGGGCAUCCACGUUCCUAGAGGAACAGGACUGGACCCUGGCGGCCCUGCGGAGGCAGGCGGUAAAGAUGGCAACCAAGACCCAUUCAGGUGGUGAGAUGCCACUUGAGCAACUGCUGGCACUUUAUGGGUACAACAUGCCUGAUCCUGUCUUGGAACAACAACAGGAGCCGAAUGAGCUUGCAGCCAGUCUGCCUGAAAUAACACUGGACAAGGUUCAGACAGGGAAAGAUCUGCUCUCAGGAGGAGAGAACGUGGACGACCAUUCCUCUGCCGGUGACUUCACACUCUCCAUCACGUCUCAUGCAUCUGACCUCUUACACCACCUAAGAGGUGAUGACAAAGACACUUCAGUCAGCAGCUCCGAAGACGACUCAGAAAGCACCUCUAUCCCCUCCAGUGAUGGCCGAAAGGACAUCAUGGUGGGCCCCCAGUAUCAGGCCAUAAUUCCUUCUCUCUGUACACACACAUUUUAUGAAAGAGCCUAUGAAAAUGAAGACCAGUUGUUGUGGACUCCAGAUGUGUUGUCCAAUCUGGCGGUAGAGAAGUUUUUGCUUGAAGUCCAGAGGAAAGGGAGUGACAAUGGACCUUCAAACAGUCAGACCACAGGAGAUAUAGUCAAAGACAAUGAGCAGGCUCUUUAUGAGCUAGUAAAAUGCAACUUUAAUCCAGAAGAGGCACUAAGAAGAUAUCGCUUUAAUGUCAAGGUUUUCAAUGAAGAGCUUUGUGCCUGGAGUGCGGAGGAGUGUCGUAACUUUGAGCAAGGCUACCGUGCCUAUGGGAAGAACUUCCACCUCAUACAGGGCAACAAGGUCCGCACGCGUUCGGUGGGUGAGUGUGUGGAGUACUACUACAUAUGGAAGAAAUCAGAGCGGCAUGAGUAUUUCACACAGCAAGCCACCAAGCUGGGUCGGAAAAGGUGCAAUCUACCAUCUGGGAACACAGAGGAUGCUGAGCCGGAUGGAGAGACUGGCGAUGUGGAAGGUGCCAAUCAAGGUUUGCCAAGUAGGUCUUCCAUUCAACUCCAGCCUCCAUCGCCACCUGCAGUCAUGGAGCUGGAUAAACAAGAGGAGAGCCUGAAUUGCGCAGCUCAGUUUCAGGGUCGUCCACGACGGAAACGCACACCGCGCUUCCUAUUAAAGCCCUGAGCUUGCUGUUCACGGACAGCCUAAAACUGACAGAUACACAGGUUCUGAGCGAAACAUUGGGGACCUGGAACAAUGUGCAGGUACUUGUUCUAGCCCGCAGGUGGAGCAGUUGUUCAGACAAUCUUCGCCUCUCCCACAAGCGCUCCAGACGCCAAACAUAGCCUCCCCGUCCACCCAGCUUUUCUUCUCCUCGCUCCCCCUUAGCCACUCCGUCCCUUCAUCCCAGCCAGACUCAGGGCUCCUGGGAGCAGGUCUUUACCAGCUACAACUGGGGUCUUUUCCUGAAGAUCCUAUACCUGCCUGCUCAGAGUACAUUGCCUCAGGGAGGCUUCAAAUUGACCCUUCCUCGCCUGUCCCACCCGUCCCAGAUUUUGGGGCACUCGGUAGCCUCUUGUGCCCGCCUUCCUCCAUCUGCUCCGCACCCAUCCAACACAGCAACUCACCCGUUCAGCGAAGGGAAACAUUCCAGAUCUAAGCAAACGUGACGACUGUCAUUCACCUGGAAUUUGCAGUUGUUGCUCUUCAGGUUACUCCAGAAAAGCCGGACAUAAAGGGAUAAUUCAACCAAAAAUGAAAAUUCUGUCAUCGUCACAGAUUUUGUCCAUACAGUGAAAGUAAAUGGGGUCCAAAACCUAUAAGAUUGAUAUACACAAAACAUAAAGGUAGUAAUCCAAUAGCUACUAAAAGUGCACUACUUUUAUAUAAUGUUCAGAUCCCCUUUUCCUCACUUUCUUUAUUUUAUGUUUACAGGUCUGAAAUCAACAUUAGGGUGAAUAAACUUUGAGAAAAUUUUCAUUUUUGCCUGAAUGAUCCCUUUAAUCAUGGACUGUGUGCAAGAAUUCCUCAUUUAAACCAUGCUGUCUUCAACUACUAAACUAGUAACCUGGUGUUUUAGGGAGCUGGUUGUCUCUGUCAGACUACUACAUGCAAUGAAAGUGUUUUUUAACUACCUAAUUGUAAGCUUCUUUGGAAAUAUGUGAGAAUUUACAGUCCCUUUGAAAUAUUUGAUGGUCUCAUUUUGUAUAUUUUCUUUCAUUGCAUGUAGUUCUUAUAACCUCUCAGAACUUUUUAAAAAUCUAUUUCUUUUUGCUAAAGCAUAAAAUGUUUUACUUGUAAAGAAGAUAUCAUCAAAAAUGAACUACUAAUGCAGUUGCUUCGUCCGUUCAUUUGUUGGCUUUCCCGUUGUAGGUUCUCUUUGUGCAAUAAUAAUAAUUAAAAAAAAACACGAGUUCCUCAGGGGCUUCGAUCGUUUCCCUCUCGGUCUGGUCCGUCGGUACUUCAGUACUAAGUGUUGAAGAGGGGUUUUUUAAUGGGUUAUGAAAUACGCUCCAUGUGCUUCGCCAACAAAUCCUGAUGUAAGUGGCGGAUUCACUCUAUUAAGUUUCUCAGGUUUUGCAGCCAGUUGUCUUUGCGUGAAGCCACAACCUGUCAGUCCGCCAUAUGAUACUACCCAGAAUCCUUCACUUUCCAGACAAACUGCCACCGUCAAAUCUAGUGUAGUACCUCAUUUGUGACUGGACUUCUGUUAUUUAGGAUUAAAAAGCAUCAUUAUCCGGAUCCCCAUAUGCUCAGCUAUACAUGUUUUCUAAUUGGCUUUCAGUUUUGUCUGAUACGAAAGGGAGGCAAACACUGCCUUGACUUAUUUUACUUUUUUAAAGCAAUUUAUAUUACUGCUCCUAUUAUAUUGAUUUAUUGUCCAUGUUGUUAUGUUUUGUAAAUAAUAAUAAAAAAGUAGAAAACAAA